CCACGCCACAAAGCGAAUCUUCUAUCAUCACCAAUAACCAUUCACCAGCCAUUAACGCUUUUCCUUAUCCUUCUCCUCUCUCUCUAUCCUUACACCAAAGCCAAUCUUCACUCACCAUUUCCUUCUUCGCAUUGUUCCUCACCAAUGGCUUCCCUCUCUCUCCCUAACCACUAUCUUCCCACCUUGCUUCGUUCUCACUCUCCCAACUACCCAUCUUCCCAAAACCUCCCACUCUCUUCCACGCCUUCAAAUUCUCAAUUUUUCGGUCUCAAGCUCUCUCAUUCUCCCUCUUCCUCAAUCCCCUCUUCUUCUUUCCUCAGACCCUCCAUUUUCGCCAAGGUGAAUAAAGGUUCAAAGCCACCGAAUUUCACACUCAAAGAUCAGAAUGGGAAGAAUGUGAGUCUCUCCAGCUUCAAGGGAAAGCCAGUAGUUGUGUAUUUCUACCCUGCUGAUGAGACCCCUGGCUGUACCAAACAGGCUUGUGCUUUCAGGGAUUCGUAUGAGAAGUUCAAGAAAGCAGGAGCAGUGGUUGUUGGGAUUAGUGGUGAUGAUGCUUCCUCUCACAAGGCAUUUGCCAGCAAAUACAAACUUCCAUUUACCUUGUUGAGUGAUGAGGGCAACAAGGUGAGAAAGGAAUGGGGAGUGCCAGGUGAUUUCUUUGGAUCAUUGCCUGGAAGAGAGACUUAUGUGAUUGAUAAAAAUGGGGUGGUCCAGCUUGUCUACAACAAUCAAUUCCAACCAGAAAAGCAUAUUGAUGAGACCCUGAAAAUACUUCAGAGCCUUUGAGGCUUUUUGAUUCUUUUGUAACUGUGAAUUUUAAGUUUGUAAGCUCUGUAAUUAUAUAGCUGAUUUUGGAGCCUUUGAUCACAUUCCUUGGAGGUGAUGACAUGUAGAGAGAAAAAGAUUAUAACCUCUCCGGAUGGAAAUAAUGCCUUCAUUUGCCAAAAAUACAGUGAGAUUAUAUAUGUAUCUUUUCCACCACAGUUUCUAUAUGAUUUGAAUUUGCUAUUUCAAA